UAUAUAUAAACACGUGCUCAACCUUUUCUAUAGCUACAUCGUCAGUAUUGAACAGAAAAGUUGUACAAUGAAAAUUUUACUGUUACGCAUAUUUUUGCUGUACGUGCUGUUUUGCUUAAGCGAAAUAGAAUCAGUUGAUAUAAUUGGAGGAAAAUCCGAUGAUGGCCCUCCUGGCGUGUGUUACCUCAAAAAAAUAAAGUUAGAGAUUCCGGACAAAGGAUACGUUUAUAAGGGAUGCAAUUUAUAUACAUGCCAGUAUCCAGAUUAUGUAAAGUAUGGGCGAAGAAUUCCAGAUCUUCUGUAUGGUCUCCUCCAUUUUGGUUUAUACCUUGUGCCUAUAUUAUUCCGUAGUCCAUGGAUUUCGUUCUUCACUUCCACGUUCCACGUAAUGAAAACAGAAAAGGAUUUGACCGUGUCAAUACUUAGUGACAUGUCGAUCUUUUUGUGAUAUAAGUACGAAUUCAUACAAUUAUUUUUG